AUGGAGGCGGACGCGGCAGAGUUCACUGCAUAUGAGCAGAACCUGCAGCUCGUUCGAAUUGACCAAGGCGCAGCAGCUCAUACAGAUCAAAUGGUAGUUGUCCCCGCGAACGACACCGGCCUGGCCUUGACGUCAGGGACGGACUUGAGUUUGGUACAUGUGUCAGCGCCGUCGUUUCAAUUCAAACAACUCGACGCCAACACCAACCUGAAUACAGCACCGACUGCGCUGCAACGCCAAGUCCACAUGGAGAGUCUUAUGCGCACAAGUCGGAAGCAAAUGUCCCUUCGACUGCACGGGAGUCACGUGGAACUGGCCGGGUGCGGCGAUGAAUACGGCUAUGAAGACUUUCAAGCUCUCCCGCAGACAACGUUUCGACGACCCGACAGCCAUUCUUCGUCGUCUUCCCAACCCAAAGACGACAUUGUGCACUUUCUUGGCCCCGCCGAGAACAUUAAGACGUUGUUUAAGAUGCCAUACUCCCACACACGCGUAUCGUUAGCGAUCCAUCGAGUCGGCAACACUUUGAUCGUGGAUGGCGAAGUCGACGAAAAGGACUUACCAAGGGGGUUCGACGCGUGCAACGAAGUGCUUCAAAUCAACCAUACCGACCAGUCAUCAAACCGAACGUUCUUGCCUAGCUCGGACGUGUCGUCCACGCACCUGUUCGACAACUUCAUCUACCAGAGCACGCAGUUGCUCACGCCGCCACCGCCACCUGCGCUGCCGACGCCACAGCAAGCCAUCUCGUGUCCAACCAAGCACAAACGAAAGGUCCAACUCCAGAAGCGCGACCGUCACCCCGACGUCGUGCCGGCCUUUCCACGCACGUUCUCCUGGACAUUCCACGAUAUGAAAAUGGUGAGCAGUGACGUACAGCUCUUUAGCAACAAAGAUCACCCGGCAGUGUCGCUAAAGCUCCACGACGUCAAUGAGGAGCUCUCGCUGUGCACCGCAUUAGACUACUACCUCGACAACGUUAUCGCAAACAUCCCCGAGCUCGCCAUUUGCAUGCAUUCCAAUGGGUACGUCCGCGGGUACCAGCUCCUGCAAACCCGCGAUAUUCCACACUUGAACGGAUCUCCCUCGCACCCGUUGUUUGAUAUCCAAGAUGUCAACAUGAAUGCGACAAUGCUGCUCCGUUUUCUGCAGCAAAAUUGCUCCGAGUCGAAUGGGACGUAUUGGUUGUUUCGAGAGGAGGGAAGCCGGUCGCUGCGACUGUACGACGUGCGCAUGCUGUCUCAGGGAAAGCAGCGCAAGUGGAAGUAUAUGAUGGCGAUGCUGUGCUACCGCUUCGCCACGCGCGCCGGCCGGCUCAUCUUUUCCGCCAAGGAAUCGCCGUCACUGCAACAUCGACUCCGCGUGCGACAGCGAGAGCUUCUCGCAACGUGUUUGGACCUUCUCGACGAAAUCCGAUCGACCAACGAGACCGACGCCACGUCGGCGUAUCGAACAUCGUCCAAGGCGCAAGACUCGAUCUCUGCCACGGUCGCAGAAACCAUGGCGGACACGUACCUCCGCGACCUGAGCAGCCUCACGUCCCACGACGCUAUCGACGCACUGACAAAAGCCAUCCAGCACCUUGUGCACAGCAUCCACGUCCUCGAAGGAUGCCUUCUCCACCACAUGCAAGACCGCGAUUUGGUCGAGAACACUCCGGCGUCCCCCGUCGCGGACUUUCAAGACGGCACUGAAGACGACGACGACUACGACGAUGACGUGGGACACUUUGUCGAGGAAGAAGUGCUUCGGCUCAAGCUCAAGCACUCGUCCACGUGUCUCCAAUUGGCGGCCGUGUAUUUGGAAAACCAGCGCCAUAGUGACACGAUCGCGGCACUCGUCGACGCGUGCAAGUACAUGCCAUCCAUGACCGUCCCCACCCAUCCCCGCCACGUGAUCGGCCCCGUCACGGGCAAACUGUUCUUUACGACCCUCGUGGACGAACUCGACUUUGGGGGCGUCUCCAAGGCGAACAAAACGGGACGGAAACUGUGCCAUUCCAUGGAGGAAUGCCGCGCGAGUGUGCUGGAAGCCGUCGGCGACGUCGCGAACGUCCUCGACCCCCAUCAAGACUCGGCCAACGUGGCGGCCCUCAUCCAUGUCUUUACAGUUGUCGGAGGCGGAAUCUUGCCGUCCGAUUCGUACACUGAAGGCGUCCUGUCCAGCGUCUUUGUCAAAACUCGUGCGGCGAGCGAGACCGCAUUCCAACUCCCUCUCGACGUGUCCGACACAAAGGAAUCGCUGCUCUACAUCGCAUUUUUCGCCUACUUGUACGGGUUGGACCCCCAAGUGACCGCCGAUCAGUUUGUCAUCCUCGUCAAGAAGCUGGGCAAUGCUGCCAACGAGUUUGGCAAGUUCUACAUGCGCUGCGCCGCUUAUUCCCGUGCGUAUCUGUGGUUUGAAGGGGGAAGCCUCAUCUUUGACGCCAUCGAAGAUGGCAUCAACGUCGCCCUCAUCUACGCCAAUUUGGCCAAUUUGCACAAGGUUCUCGCGGAAAAGGCACCGUCCAGCGUCGCGCUGUCCCACUACACACAAGCAAUCGAGUUGUGUCAAAAGGCCCAAGGCCUCCUCAAGCAAGCGAAAGCUAGUGCGGAGCUCCAUGUCAAAGUGAACGGUGAGCUCGCGCUCACGUAUUUGGUGUGGGCCGUGCACUUGAGCGUUGUCGCCAAGGAGGCUCCUGUCGUCCUGGAAAAAUUCUACAAAGCACUCAAUAUGUAUGUCGACCUCGGCGACCGACGCCAAGUUGCAGCGACACACUAUCAAAUGGCCACAUAUUACAGCCAGCGCGUGUCCAACGGCGCGGUGAAACAGCGGCUCGAGCUCGCCCGCCGCCACUACGAGAAAGCGCUCGAAUAUUUUGGAGCAGUCGAAGUCGGGACGACCUUUGUGUUGAUCCACAAAGAGCUCGCGCAGUUGUACGCGUCGUCCACUAAGACGGAAGACAUUGAGCACGCGCUGCUUGUCAUGCUCAACACGUUCGACGCGUACAAGCACCUGGACAAGCUCCCGCCCCACGAACAAGCCAACUUAAACGCAUUGGUGCCGACGCUGCUGCAGACCCUGCAGGGAUAUCUCUUGCAACUCGUGAAAAGCGGGUCCAAGCACCACACCGACCGGUUCAAAGCCAUGUAUCGUGCGACCAUCUACACGCCCGAGCAGCAGCACGACUCGUUCAGCCACCUUUUACUAACGCUGAGGAACUUGUACGAGUAA